GGUUGAUGACGUUUUGGUUACGUCAGAGACAAGAGGAGGAGACUGAAACUGGAAGAAAGAUAUGGUCCUCCCCUGAUCAUCUUUCAUCCACCACAGCAGGAUUUAUCUGAGCUUGAUGAGUGCCUGCUUGGUCGUAAGUCUAUUCCCCGUCCCCUGCCGUCAGACCGUUUGGAAGAUUUAACCGGCUGCUUGAUUCAGCGGCUACAUGGCUAGUUAGCGCAGCAAAGCUAACGAGCGCUAGCUUGUGCGCCAGCUCAUCUGCCGGAGCCCGGCGAAGUGGAGAAUCGAUGGCAGGAAUGGCCACUUCACUGGGAUAGCCGAAGAAACGACCAAUAUUACGCCCAAACCCUUUCCAGACAAGCAUCUACUUAAUUAACUGGUUGUUGGUGUUACUGCAGUUCCAAACAUGGUGCAGAAGUACCAGUCACCCGUGAGGGUGUACAAGUACCCCUUUGAGCUGGUGAUGGCAGCCUAUGAGCGCCGGUUCCCCACAUGUCACCUUAUCCCCAUGUUUGUGGCAAGCGAUGUGGUCGAUGAAGAGACAAGUGAGGAUAGAUCCACACAUAGGAUUGAGCGGCGCUGUGCCCUGGAUGUGGACGCUCCGCGCCUUCUCAAACGGAUUGCUGGUGUGGACUAUGUCUACUUCAUCCAGAAAAACACACUUAACCGAAAGGAGCGGACACUUCACAUCGAAUCACAUAAUGAGACUUUCUCCAACAGGGUCAUCAUCCAUGAGAUCUGCUGCUAUUCGGUCCACCCUGAGAAUGAAGACUGGACGUGUUUUGAGCAGUCAGCUAGUCUGGACAUCAAGUCUUUCUUUGGCUUUGAGAGCACAGUGGAAAAGAUUGCAAUGAAGCAAUAUGCCAGCAGCAUCAAAAAGGGAAAAGAAAUCAUAGAGUACUACCUGAAGGAGCUGGAAGAUGAGGGGAUCACUCAAGUGCCGCGAUGGAGUCCAACUUCUCUUCCCCUGCCUCCCACCAGACCAACCAGUCUCUUUACUAGCCCACCUCCUGAUCCCAAAGUCCCUGUCACAGCCGUUGUUCCCAUCCCACUGAUGACUGAUGCCACGGAUGACAGCAGCUCUCAGGAUGCUAAGCAGGACAGCGCUGGCCUUCAGGCAGAUAGUUUAACUGAGAUUCUGGCUGGCACACCGGAAGAUAAACUGGAUGCUGAUUAUAUCAAACGCUACCUUGGUGAUCUUACACCAAUGCAGGAGAGCUGUCUCAUCAGACUUCGUAAAUGGCUACAGGAGACCCACAAGGGCAAGAUUCCUAAGGAUGAACACAUCCUGCGAUUUUUGCGGGCCAGGGAUUUCAACAUGGAUAAGGCUCGUGAAAUUUUGUGCCAGUCGCUGACCUGGAGGAAGCAGCACCAAGUAGACUAUCUUCUUGAGACAUGGAGUUCACCACAAGUUCUUCAGGAUUAUUACACAGGGGGCUGGCACCACCAUGAUCGAGAUGGUCGGCCUUUGUAUGUCCUGAGACUUGGCCAGAUGGACACCAAAGGGCUGGUCCGAGCUCUCGGAGAAGAAUCGCUGCUUCGUCAUGUGCUAUCUAUCAAUGAGGAGGGGCUGAGACGCUGCGAAGAGAACACAAAGGUGUUUGGUCGUCCCAUCAGUUGCUGGACAUGUCUCGUGGAUCUGGAGGGUCUAAACAUGCGUCACCUAUGGCGACCAGGAGUCAAGGCUCUUUUGAGGAUUAUCGAGGUUGUGGAGGCCAACUAUCCAGAGACUUUGGGACGCCUGCUUAUCUUGAGGGCUCCCAGAGUCUUCCCAGUCCUUUGGACUCUGGUGAGUCCAUUUAUUGACGAAAACACCCGCAAGAAGUUCCUAAUCUAUGCAGGAAACGAUUACCAGGGCCCUGGUGGGCUGGUGGACUACAUAGACAAGGAGAUUAUCCCUGACUUCCUGGGCGGCGAGUGUAUGUGUGAGGUACCUGAGGGAGGCCUGGUCCCAAAGUCGAUGUACCGCACUGCAGAGGAGCUUGAGAAUGAAGAUGUUCGUCUGUGGACCGAAACAAUCUACCAAAGCGCCAGCAUCUUCAAAGGAGCUCCACAUGAGCUUCUGAUUGAGAUCAUUGACGCCUCUUCAGUCAUCACCUGGGACUUUGAUGUGUGUAAGGGUGAUGUGGUUUUUAACAUCUACCACUCCAAGCGUGCCCCACAGCCGCCGCGUAAAGAUCCACUCGGAGCUCAUGGGAUCACCUCCCCCGGUGGCAACAAUGUACAGCUCAUUGACAAGUCAUGGACGCUGGGGCAAGAUUACAGCAUGGUCGAGUCCCCUCUAACCUGCAAGGAGGGAGAAAGUGUGCAGGGCUCCCAUAUUACACGCUGGCCAGGGUUUUACAUCCUCCAAUGGAAGUUCCACAACAUGCCGGCCUGCUCUGCCACUAAUCUGCCUCGGGUAGAUGAUGUGCUGGCCACACUACAAGUCUCCUCACACAAGUGUAAAGUCAUGUACUACACUGAGGUGUUGGGCUCUGAGGACUUCAGAACGGCUUGCUGUGACGUGCAGAGUUUGGGUUCGAUGACCAGCUUGGAGUCGAGCCACAGUGGCUUCUCUCAGCUCAGCGCUGCAACAACUUCAUCCAACCAAUCCCAGUCCAGCUCAAUGAUCUCCAGGUAGACAGAAGACAGAGAGCACUGUCUCCUAUGUUGUGAGAACCCCAAGAACCCCUUUACUCAAGACUCGUACACCCUGUUUAACUUGGGGUGCUGACCAGCAGACAACAAAUUGUGGGUUGAAAACAAAAAAGAGAGACUGUGUGACCUCCUUUCAAAGGGCUGAUUUUCCUUUUUUUUUCUUUUUUUUUUUUUUUGCACAAAGGUCAUAUUUCAGUGUGUGGUGUGUCUAUGCUAGGCAAAAAAAACGAGACCAAGGUUUUAGAGGAUUGCACUUUGAUUGUGGCUUGUUUCGAGUGGAAAUGUUAAAGGCUACAGGCUUAACUGUUGCAUCAUUGGAGGAUUCAAGAAGCAAUAUUUUCAUCCCAGGAAUGGCAGGUUUGAUUAGAGUUAGACACUGGAGCCGCUGUUGUAUACUGUUUAUGCAUUUACACUCCUAAAUUCUGUAGGCAAUAAUCAGAUAACGCACCCCUAAUUCAGGUGCACCACUGUAGCAGGUUGGAAGUUCUGUUACACAAAAACAUGUGACGCAAAGACUUUUGACAUUGAAAAACCUUCCUCCCGCUAUAUGAAAGGUGUUUUCAAUGUGGAGAGCAGGUGGAAAAUCCUACACACUUCUUUAAAUUUACUUGACAUUUUUGAGAUUGUAGCCCACAAAUCCAAUGUGAAUGUCUGAGUUGAUUACACCCGCAAAACACAGUUUACUCAGAUCGGAUUCAAAUAUCACGCACAUGUUUUCAAACAAACACAAAGCUCCUGAGUGGGUGGGACUUAUUAAAUCAUGGCAAUACAAAAUGAGUCAACGGAUGGGAUUUGCUUUCUGUUGGUGUCCCUUAGUGUCCAGAUGUUCUCCUCCGAUCAUCCUGACUGUCAUGUGAUAGCCUCGUGUGGCUGGCCCUACCAUCUUUUGAGGGCUCUUUCAUGCCAUGAACAGCAUACUUGACCAGCAUCUCACUCUUCAGUGCUUGAAGCAAUAACAUGGGUUUUUACUGUGUGAAAUAUUUCUAUUUAUCAUUGAGAUGUCCAUUGUAGAUGGUGGUGAUGGUGAGGGCUAAUUGCAGGUGACCUUUAUGUAAUGUACAGGCAGGCACAAAGGCAAACUGAGCCACUAUGUCUGGGCAUUUUAAGAAUAUCUUUAUGAUGAUGCUUAUCAUUCCUCAAUGUUUUAGGGAAAAAAAAGAAGAUAGCGCUACUGUACAUGUACUAGUUAUGUUUGAGGAGUGCUACUGUCUUUGACAUACUUGAUGGGGUUGAAACAGAGGGGUGUGUCACUGCAUGCACAUGUUACACAUGGUGACUGGCUUUCCCAGUCUGCUAUUUGUAAAUGAAUAGCCAUUAUAAGAGCCAUUUUUCAAGAAACACCAUUUUAGCCUUUGUAAGACUAACUUAGAAACAGCUGCUCCGUUCAAGGUCAAUUAAAUCAUUGUUGUCCAAAAACAUCAUUUCCAUGCAACAGUUUUACUAGUGAACUGGUUUAGAAGCAUUGAUGACUUGACUGUAAAUUGCCAAGAGCCAUCAAAUGCUGUAUCGAUGGACACUCAAUACCUGAGAAGUGAGAAUCACUCCAAAGGAUACUUAAUGUGCAUGUUUUAGAUACACAAAACUGUUUUUAACUCUGAAUAAAAGGUCAAUAUUUUUUGUGUGGAAUAUUAGCAAUAAUGUGAAAUGUUUUACCUCCUCAGAAUGAGGGCUAUCAUCAUGUGUGGAUGUACAAGAAUGAAUGCUGGAAACAGCAUUGAAAAUAAGACAUGCCUGUAAUAUGUAUCUACUGUACACACUCCCUCGGGGCCACUGGGCCUUCAACUUCCUGGCUCCCACUCUGAAGCAUGUCUUGACCCACACAGUCAGAUACCCGUCAAAUGCUAAUUCUUGAUUGAGAUGACCAAUUAAAGAAACAGGAUUAGAAUGAAUAAAUAUACAGAAGCAGACCUCAGUACCCCCCCCCACACACACACACACACACCCAUAUAUAUCAGAUUGGACCUUAGAUUUGUACAACUGCAUGGCUGAAAUUAAGAAUUGAAGCCAUGGGCAUAAAGUGUUCUUGUAUCCAGUAUUUGAUUACCAUGUGGAUUCAGUGUUGGAGAUACCGGAGACCCUUCAUGGUUUUUUUUUUUUUCUUUUUUUGGUGUCCUUCUCUAAUUCACACAUACGUGUACAUUUUCAAAGAUCUCUUGAGGGCUAUGAAAUGUUUGUCAUUACUUUUUCGUGUGUUUGUUUGUCCACCCUCUAGUCUGUUGAAGUUGCAUAUCUCCUCUUAUCUUCAUAUGAGAUAUUAUGUAAAAAGUACUAGUUUGAAUUCAUGAGAAUAUUGCGCCUUCACUUUUUUUUGGAAAACAUUAAACUUGAAUUCUGUA